AUGAAAGAGAGCCGUGAUGGAGUUGGCAUGGAAAACUCUGGAGGGGGUGGUCGUGACAAGGCAUUGAGGGCUACUGCUGAAGAAAGCUGAGGGCAGUAGCUGGUAGAAAAGGAGGCUGGAGGGUUGGAGGAGAGGUAGAGGGGUGAACUGAGCCAUUAGGCCUAUGGAAAAAAGGCUUUUCAGUGAACUGGGCCACCUUCUCUUGCUGAAUGUAGUUGUGCCGUCCUCUCUUGGAUUCAUUAAUGAGGUAAAGUGACAGUCUAGCUGAUCCAAAGAGAAAAUGGUGGAAACUUACUCAAGUUUGGCCUUGUUAGACUCUGUCAGGCUCAGCUUGAGACUCCUGUUGGCUUGGGGUCUAUUGACAUGAAAUUGCCUUCCCUGUGUCUGCCUGACUGGGCAGGAGGAAGGAAAGCCACUCUUUUUUUUUUUAAAAAUUAAAUUUUAUUGGAGUGACAUUGGAAAGCCACUCUUGAAUGAAUCGAUGGCAAGGUAAACUCAGUGGAAACAACCAUUUCCCAAGAAGCAUUCAUAGUGCAGACACUACAGUGAGUAAGGGGAGAGGAGGCUUAGAGAGUUGGGCAGAAAUGCAGACAUCACUCUUGCAAGCCCUUCAUUUUCCAUGGUGGAAACUGAGGCCCAGCGAUGAGGGGUGCCUUAUCCAGCGUCACACGGCCAGAUGAAAGAACAAGAGCUGAGCCUAAGAUUUUACAAAGCACAGAAAAAUGUGUGACCAGCAGAAGCAGGUGCAGUUUCCUCCAUCUUGUGUGAAAGGUUCGGGACUGGGGGCUGCACAAAGUUCUCAAGUUACCACUGUGAAAUGCCCAGCUCCAUGCACAACUAAAACCUGCGUGAAAUGCCCAGCUCCAUGCCCAACUCAAACCUAUGUGGCGUGCCCAGCUCCAUGCCAGACAGCCUAUGUGAAAUGUGCAGCUCCCUGCCAGACGUAUGUGCAGUGCCCAGCUCCAUGCCAGACAACCUAUGUAAAAUGCCCAACUCCCUGCCAGACGUACGUGAAGUGCCCAGCUCCGUGCCAGACGACCUACGUGAAAUACCCGACUCCCUACCAGACCCGGACAUACUAUGUCCAGUACCCUUCUUCCCAGAGCUACUACCUUCAGUCUUCUGCAAGUGGCUCGGGCGCCUCGUGCUGUGUCCCUGAUCCAUGCUCUGCUCCCUGUUCCACCAGCUACUGCUGCCUGGCUCCCCGGACCUUCGGGGUGAGCCCCCUCAGACGGUGGGUCCAACGGCCUCAAAACUGCAACUCAGGAUCAUCUGGCUGCUGUGAGGAUUCUGGCUGCUGUGAGGAUUCUGGGUGCUGCAGCUCCGGGUGCUGCUGCUCCGGGUGCUGCUCUGGGAUCUGCUGUCUGGGAAUUAUUCCCAUGAGGUCAGAAGGUCCUGCGUGCUGUCAUCGCGAGGAUGACUGCUGCUGUUAAAUACAGAAACACAGCUCUGCUCCCAAACUCAAUGCCUGCUUUACCUGCUGAACCUCCACCAGCCCUGCCUGCUCUCUGUCUUCCCAGUGAUGUAGAACUUCAUGGCUUCACCUCCACACUUGGCUUCUUUAUCAAGGCAGCCUGCCAGAGUUAGCGCAACCCCCAAACUUUGGCAAGAAUAAAACUUUGGAUGCAA